AGAAACCGUUGUGUGUGAAAGCUCCCCUUCACACACAUGGUUUACUGGCUCCAAAGACGGCCCGGCGGCCGCUCCAAAGACGGCCCGGCGGCCGCCCGGCCGCCGGACCUUCCAGUGGUGAGACCCGGCUGCAACCCGGCAGCCGGGUCGGGGCCGUGCAGUGUGAAGGGACCCUACCCCUCACACUGUUAACUACAAUGCCGGCACGGGAAAAACCGUGUAGUGUGUUUCAGCCCAAAGACUACACCUCCCAGCACGCACUGCGGCCGGAGCAUGUGACUGCACUGCUCGGGUCACAUGACAGCAGGGAAAGAUGGCUGCGCUGCAGGAGAGGGACUUUGCCAGUCUGCAGCUCCUGCUGAAGGCUUCAUCAAAGGACGUGGUGCAAAAACUUUGUAAAGACGCCUUUCCGAGAUCAGCCAUUGACUCAGUACAGCUGAUUGACAGUGUGUCGUCCAACCUUUCCGUCACUCCGGAGGAAGCCGCUCAGGUGGUACACGGUCUACACGCACUGACCCGCCAUGUGGUGUACAGAGGCCUCAUGACCGCAGAGCAAAUCCUCUCCGUCUUCCCAGAGGGCUUCCAUCAGAACCUGAAAAAUCUCCUGACCAAAAUAAUCCUGGAGAAUGUAUCCACGUGGAGAAGUGACGCCCAGAACUCCAGCAUCUCCUUACCACGCCUGGUAGAUCUGGACUGGAGAGUGGACAUCAAGACCUCGUCAGACUCUGUCACUAGCAUGGCGGUGCCCACGUGCCUGCUGCAGAUGAGAAUCCAGGAGGAUCCUGAUCUGUGUAGACUGAACCCAACGAUGUCCACCCUGAACAUGGAACUUGGCAAAGAAACCUUGGACACUAUGCUGGACGGACUGGGCCGGAUCAGAGACCAGCUCUCUGCAGUUGCUAACAAGUAAUCGUCGGUUAGUCCAAGUGCGCUCGGGGCGAUGAGAGACCAUAGAUCACUGUCCUGAGUCACAUGAAGGAGGUCUGACCAGCAGUAUUUGGGAACCCGCUUGUACCUGUGGCUGGCACACAGUGGGGGCAGCCAUGGUAUCAGCUGAAGCAGUAUUGAUACUGUCACCAGGGUGUGCCUCGUGCCUCAGCGACACCAUUUGUUCCUUUACUCUUUGUCUUGGACUUUGCAGCUUCAUUCGUUUUGUACUAUUUUGUUUCAAUUGCAAUAUGGCAAAAACAUUUCUGUAACGUCCGAACACUGACCUGUGUAAUUAAUGCAUUGUUGUUUUUUGGAACAUUUUUGCAAAUAUAUUCAAAGCAUUGUGCAAGAGAA